AUGUCUAACACUCCCUCUACCACUACAUCCAUCAACAUCAACUCCCCUUACGAAGGCAUCUUUCCUCCCGAGAUUGAAACUAACAAUCAUGAGGGUGUCGAAGUCAACCACACGGAAACGCUGGCUAAUGAUAACAUUAGUAACUUCGUCUCUGGUGUGAAUGCUUCAAGAUACGCACCUAAACCUCAGAUUGCUAGUUUCAUCAAGGCAACACAGGAAAGCUUGCAAAAGAAAUCGAUGGAAUUAGCGAUGCUUGGAGUCACCAACGGUAUUGUCUACGAACAACUCAAAAGAGAAAUCGAAGAGUUAGUAGCACACAUCCAGCUCCUGCAAAGCACCUUGGAUGUACAAACACCUACUCGUAGAGAGGUCACUGUACCAUUCAAGGAAAUACCUGCUUUUCAACUUCAUGGGCAAACCAGAAUCCGUAAGGACUUACCUGUGUUUGAUUCUGCAAAGAGUUUCAUCAGGAGAUUCGAAAAAGUAUUGGACGUUCACCGUUUGAACUUUGAAGAUCACUGGGAGGACUGUUUGAGUUGGUCAAUGAAUGGUGAUGAGUUGGACGUCUGGUUCAACGAUAAUAUCAAAGGAAAGGGAAUGAAUUGGAGUGAGGCGAAGAAAACCCUUAUCAACAAGUUUGAUACUAAGGAUCGUCGCAUUCUAAGUGCAUUGUCAGUUUGUAAUAUAACCAUGGAAGAGAGAGAAACAGUCAUUGAUUUUGGCUUACGUUUUCAAUCCACUUACCGUGAUGCAGGCUGGGAAGACAAUGAGUUCAUGGCCAUUCUAUGCUUGAAGGCAUUACCUAAGGCAUUGCAAUAUAAUGUGUUAGUUGCAUACCAAGCUAGACCAAAUGGUAAGAAUGACUUACCUGCUACUGCUGAUGAAGUGUUACACUUGGCAAAUAAAAUGUCGAGUCAAAAGCGCGCGUUUUCAGGUAUGGAACAACCACAAGAAAGAACAAGCAAAAAGGCCAAAACAAAGGUCAACAAAAAGGCUUAUUUCUGUGACAUACACAAAUACAACGCAAGCCACACCACAGAACACUGCAAGGCAAGACAGAACCUUACUUUAGAGGACACCGUUGCAAUGAAAUGUUGGAAAAAAGGAAUCAAACCAAUGUAA